AUGGUCGCUGUUAGUGGUGACCUCACAUUGUCUACUUCAGCUUCGGUUCGUCCUGCUGGGGAAGCUACAGCAAAGUUGACAGGACAAAAGCCUUUAAUACCUUCUCACGACCGUUACGAAUUUCCUUCUUCUUCAAUAUACCAGCGCCAGCAGCGCGCAAUUCAUCAGCAAAUCUCCCAACCUCCUACGCCGGAUAGACGAUCAACAGCCACCCCUUCAUCUAUACACCGGCUUCGUAGGACCCCGCGCUUCUCAGUUUCUCCCGUCUCUCAGCCAGACGCGCAACAGACGCGCCAACCAAUUGGCAAAGUCACCGUCACUCUUAGUCCUAAGGGACAAUACGUUCUCACUAGCACUGAGCAGCAACCCCGAAGAGAACGCCCGAAACAUCCUAGGAGGCAACUUUCGCAAGGAAACUUAAGCGACGAGUCUCAAGCGACUUCGAUUAGCCCUCCCUCACCACUUCGCGAGACCGCCCAAUCUACUGCCGACGCGAGUAGAUCCCAGCCACACCCGGCACUUCGUAUCUCGAAGCAAACUCAUAGUGCCAUCUUGUAUGCUCUUGAGCAAACACUACGUGGACCUAAACAGAUUUCCGACGACCCUGCGGAGCUAUACGCCCCGAUGUCUGAUCUAAUGGGAGGACGAGGCCCUGCCACCUCAAAUGGCAAUGGCGCCUCAUCUGCGCGACCUACCACGGCACGAGCGGCAGUCGGUUCCCCUUCUGGUAUCAGAGGCCCCCGUGUAAUCAUGCAAGAGAGAGCUGCGCGAGAGGCCGCGCGCGAGCGACAGCGCGAAGAGCAGGAACGUGAAAGACAACGAAUGGAGAGAGAACAUGCAGACGCCGAGGCGCGUUUACAAGAACAGGCGUUGCGACGAGAAGCAGAGCGAAAAGACGCUGAGACUCAAGCUGCUGCUGCUGGCGCUGGUACUUUUGGACCUGGUGCUAUUCCGACCGGUCCUGAUCCCACUACAAGACGACCGGCGCAACCUGCUACUGGUCGCGCGACCGUAGACAAUAGUUCCCGACCCGCUGGCCAAACACGAAUUCCCACUACGGCUCAAACCCAGGCUUCGCAGUCGGCACGACACGCACGAGGUGCCUCCGGCGCUCAAGGACCUGGAGGUCCAUCUUCUGGUCCCGGAUUAGCUGGCCCUUCGGUGACUCAACCUCAGCAGUUACCUCCCCCGCUAAGCGAAGAAUCCGCUGCUCUUGGACGAGGUAGGAACUCGUUCCCUCAUGCAUUUGAGCGCUGGGAAACCUUGUCCGCUCAUUGGGAAGGUCUCACUAGCUUUUGGAUCCGUAGAUUGGAGCAAAAUGCACAAGAGAUUAACCAGGACCCUGUUUCCGCACAGCUAUCCCGACAGGUUACGGACCUUUCGUCUGCAGGUGCCAACCUGUUCCACGCCGUAGUCGAGCUACAGCGCCUUCGCGCUUCAUCAGAACGCAAGUUCCAACGCUGGUUCUUUGAUACCCGCGCCGACAUUGAACGUUCUCAGGAGGUUACGGGAAUGCUCGAGGCAGCUCUCGAGGAAGAGCGACGAAGCCGAGCAGACGCGAUUCGUGAGGCCCUCGAGCAUAACCAAGACACCACUAAGAUGCAGAAGCAGAUAUCCGAGCUGCGCAAGGAAUUGACCAUUUCCAAGGAGGAGGCACGACGUGCGUGGGAAGAGCUUGGUCGACGAGAGCAAGAGGAGCGAGACCGCACCAUGUCCUUGCAGCUUGGUCAGCCCACCAUUGUCGGCGGUGUCCAAGUUGUCCCGAUGACUCAAGGUGUAGGCCGUGGCAGUAGCCAGAGAGAUCCUCGCUCAUAUGGCCAGCCUGACUCCCAGGAGUAUGCGCAGUCACCUACCUCACCAUCGGCCGCUCGCGCCCAGUACACUCAGGCUCCCGCCGUUAAGCCCGGCGUGGCUUCGGGUAGCGGCAACCCCGCUUUUCAGACUCCUACGUCUGUACGCCACCAGCAGAGCUACGGCUCAGAGGGAACCUACAGCGAAGGUCAGUACAUUAAUGGCAUGAAUGGCGCACACAAUGGUGUACCCAACGGGGUACCUAGUGGCGCAUCGAGAAGCCCCGUUCGAAAUUUCCAAGAGCACAAUGUUCCAGAGCACGCCCCCGUUUCGAAGCGUUCUGACGUUGCAGCAGAAGAGUUCGAGACCCCCGCAACACAGCCGAACGUCUAUCAGCCGACCGGCGCCUCGGGCCCCCAUCAGCCACAGUACUCAACAGCGCCGGAUUACAGCGGUGCGGGCUACACAACACCAUGGGACGAUGCGGGUGCUCGAGAUAUGGGUCCUCGCCACCAUCAUCCAACUCGACUCAGCGACGUGCUCGAGGAGGAGGAGGAACGCAGUCGAACGAGCGCUAGCCAGAGUCAAGUCAGCAGACCCUAA